CAGAUAGGUGCUUAAAUGCCAUUGCCAUGAUUCUUAAAUGUGGGUUAUAGUAAUUAACUAGGUCGCUAGGGGAGAACUCCAACCAGUCACGAUGAGAAGAAUCAUGCUAUAGUAAUUGGUAUAUUUUCGAGGUUUCCUAUGCACAUCUCUAUCUUGACUUGUAAUGCCUUACUCUACUCUAAUUUCAAAGCAUCUUAAAUCAUACACUACUUACGAGAUGGAACAAAAGUCUAAAGUUUAACAUUUGUUGUUAUGAUUAAAAAUAAAGGUACGUCUUUAUUCUUAAACUUGCCGAAACCUGCAGUUUUAUAAUGAUUAUAAGAACAACAAACCGAAGAGACUAUUUAUGUGACAGAAACGCAUAUGCAGGCGCUUACUUGACUAUUGGAUUGCAUUGGGGUUGUUCAGCUACGGCUAUCUUUGUAUCGGUUUUAAAAAGCAAAGUCUGUACAGCGUCAAGGGAUCACCGGGAUCGACCAUGGUGCUGUAGAAUCGGAUUUUUAAAAUAAUAGGUACCUAGGGGAUUUUAAAUCCGGCAAGACACAACACGUGUAUAAUAGCUUGCAAUUUAUAAAAUGCGAUGAAUAACUGUAAAUUUCGAUUCUUGCUAGUGCUAUUAUUAUGUCUCAAAAACUCCCUUUCUACAACAAUAUAUUGUCUCAAGAAAACAGCCACAGCCACAACGACAAUAAUAGUACGUACGGCAUAUAACGUCGAACUUGAUUUAUUUUCGGUGGUGCGUCAUCGAAAAUGGCUUCUUGCAGAUCAUUAUAUACAUAUGAAGACUUAUACGCUUACACGCUUACGCGCUUACACGACAGUCACGGUUGAAUAAUGAUGUUGGUCACGUGGAGGCCGGGCUUUGAGGCUGAUUGAAACCGGCCAUGUGCCGAUGUGCCGGGGGUUAGCAUCGGGCAUGCCGCACGGACUUGGCUUAUAGCUUAAAAUUCCCGAUCCAAUAACGAUGACGAUGACAGAUUCUUUUAAGAUCUCGACAGAAACCGCUUCUGCAGCGAUCGAUGCGUAAAUAUGUACAUCGGGUUAACCGAUGUAGCACAGCUCAACAGCUCAAC